CAAUCGCGCGCAUCAGCAACAGCAAACAAUUUUUGUAUUGGCGGCGCGUGUUUUUCAAACGAUUUUUUGGCCAGUGUUUGGAUUAAUUAAAGUGCACCCAUUAAGUGUGCGUAGUUGCAAUUAAUUGCAUUCCCACAAAGAAGUGAUCGAAUUUGGUGCGUAACAAGUGCAACAACUACAACAGCGACAACAAGGACGCUCAACAACAACAAAUUGAAAUGGCUUAAGAGCCCAAACAACGCCGAAAACCAAUUGCAGCCAAACUAAAAGUAUUCGAAGCGCAUACGUGGAGGGAACAGCGAGAGAAGUAGUCGUCGCUGCAAUUGUCUACGUGCAACGGAACGCCGCCAGCAGCAGCAGCAGCAGCAGCAAGCGAAGGCCAAAGAGUCGCAGCAAUGGCAACACUAAUCCCAGCGAUCGCAGCCAAUCAAGCAGCGAGCGCAGCAGCAGCAGCAGCAGCACAGUCCUCAAAUGUUGAGGCAACAUAUGAAGAUAUGUUCAAGGAAAUCACACGUAAAUUAUACGGCGAGGAGACCGGCAACGGUUUGCAUACGCUUGGCACUCCGGUGGCUCAAGUGGCCACCAGUGGACCCACAGCAGUCCCCGAGGGCGAACAGCGCUCGUUUACGAAUUUGCAACAAAUUGAUCGCACCGCAGCGCCCAGUAUUGAGUACGAGGCAAGUGGAGCUGCGGGCGGUGGCAGCAACAACAACGUGGCCACAACCCAGGCCAAUGUAAUACAACAACAACAGCAGCAGCAGCAGCAGCAACAGCAACAAUCAGAGUCGGGUAACUCUGUGGUGGUCAGCGCCACUGGCAACGGCGCCACUGUGGUGCCGGCACCCAGCGUUGCCGCCGUUGGCAGCUUCAAAUCCGAAGAUCAUUUGAGUACAGCUUUUGGGCUGGCAGCGCUAAUGCAGAACGGUUUUGCCGCCGGCCAGGCGGGUCUGCUCAAAGCCGGCGAGCAGCAGCAGCGCUGGGCGCAAGACAACGCCUCAGCCGCCGAGCAGCAGCAGCAGCAGCAGCCUCAGCUGGUGCAGUGGACAACAGGUGGCAAGCUGCAGAGCUAUGCGCAGGUCAGUCAGCAUCAGCAACAGCAGCAGCAGCAACAGCAGCAGCAACAACAACAGCAGCAGCAACAACAGCAGCAACAGGUUCAUCAGAGCACGCCCAAGUCCAAAAAACACCGUCAGGAGCAUGCAGCGGAGCUUAUUUAUGCCAGCCCCUCGACAUCGGCGAAUGCGGCACAGAAUUUGGUCCAAUCCACGCCCACCUCAGCGCCCACCAACAGCAGCAGCGGCAGCAGUGCCGGCGGCAGCAGCAGCACCUCCUCCGGCGGUGGCAGUCGCAAAAAAUCCGCUCAGGCGCAGGCAGCCGCUGCCGCUGCUGCGGCUAAUGGUGUGCACAUCGUGAAGCGAUAUGCGUGCACUCAUUGCCCCUAUUCGACGGAUCGGAGGGAUCUGUACACACGCCACGAGAACAUCCACAAGGACGAGAAGCCCUUUCAGUGCUAUGCCUGCCUCAAGCAGUUCAACCGUGCCGAUCACGUCAAGAAGCAUUUUCUGCGCAUGCAUCGCGAACUGCAGUACGAUAUCAAUAAGACGCGCCGUCAUGUCUCCUCCAGCAGUGGCUCCGGUGGCUCUGGUGGUGGUGUAUCCGUUGGCAAUUCCCAUCAUGCCGGCGGACGGGGCAAUGUGACGAUCAAUGCGACCGGUGUGAAUAUUGAUAAUGCAUUCUUGGAGGCACAACGACAUCCCACCUCGACGAGCAUGAGCAUUGUGGAGACCAUCGAGGCGGUGGCCUCCGCUGCCGAUAUGCCGCUCGCCCAUCUCAAGCAGGAGAAGCUCGACGAUGGCUCCGUGCUGCCGCUCCACGUGAGCGCCGUGAUGAACAGCAGCAGUGCCCAACAGCAGCCGGCGGUGGCCAGCUCCAGUUCCGGUUCGGGCAGCAGCAGCAAUGCCGCCGGCUCGGGUCUGCUGAAACCGAAACGUGAGAAGCGUUUCACCUGCUGUUAUUGCCCCUGGUCCGGUGCGGACAAGUGGGGCCUGAAACGUCAUCUGAACACCCACACAAAGCCCUUCGUUUGCCUGCUCUGCGAUUACAAGGCGGCUCGCUCCGAGCGCCUGGCCACACAUGUGCUCAAGGUGCACAACAAGCGCGCCUGCAGCAAGUGCUCCUAUCUCGCCGACACCCAGGAGGAGUUCCAGCUACACAUGAGUGAUGUGCAUCCGCAUGACAAUCGUCCAGCGCGCAGCAGCAGCAAUAAUGGUGGCAACAACAACAAUAACGGUGGCAGCGGCAACAACAACGGUGGCAGCAACAAUGCAACGCAUAGCCAGAAUUUGAACGUCUUGCGAACGAUUGGCAACACCCUGGUGGCCAAUAAUCAGCUCAACACGUUUCACAAUGCCGGCAAUGCUUUUGGCUCCUCCAGUGGCGGUGGCCAAACGGUUGGCAAUGUGAGCGGCAGUGGUGCCGUUACCAUCUAUACGACAACCACCAAUGAGGGUGUCUCGGGUGGAGGCAACAACAGCGGCGGUGGCAACAUUGCGGGCGGCCCCUUGCAGGAGAUCAUUGUGAAUCCCACAUCGAUGGUCGGUUGGCGACUCAGUGCCAAUGGGUCAUUGAUACCGCCGCAUGAUCUACUCACGGGCAGUUUACCAAAUGCUGCAACACAGAAACGCGGCUCGGAGCGUUUAUUUCAAUACCUCGAAGCCGAGGGCAGCGAUCCGGAGGACUAUGCGCGUCUGCUAAAAAUGGACGCCAUUAGUCGCAAUACAGCUUCGGUCGCUCAGGAUUUUCAUAAAGCGGGAGGCGUGCACGAGUUGAAAAUACCAGCUAAUCAUCAACUCCUGUUCAAUAAUAAACUGCCUUCGCAAUGGACGACACGAGAGGCUGCAGCGCUGCUGCACAGCCUGAGCAACAUGGGCGGCGGCCAUCACAUCAACAGCGGCAACAUCAACAGCAGCAACGGCAACAGCAACAACAACAGCAGCAGCAACAGCAACAGCAACGGCAACAGCAACUGUAACAGCAGCAGCAACAGCAACAGCAACAAAAAGUUUGGCGUGAUGCGUGCUCGACAGCAUUCGACGGGCGAGGAUGAUGAGAAUACGCCGUCAUCGGCAUCAUCGUCCUCAUAUUCGGGCGAUGAGUACAAUACCAGUAUGUCGGGUGUUACGUCACCGAUAAAACUGUCGCGUCAUGCGAGCAACAAAAGCUUGUUGCGAGCUGCUGGCAAUGAGAGCGAGCACCACAAUGAGCAGAGCAAAACAUUGAUUGCAACGGCAUUUCUGGAAGCAGCUGCCUACGAGCAGACGGCCAUCGAGUUGCUCGCCAGCAAGCGAAAGCUCAAAAUUGAGUAUGACGAAGAUCAAGAAAAUCAGCAACAGCAACUGCUCCAACAACAACAACAACAGCAGCAGCAGCAGCAGCGAGUGCAGCUUAUUAAAUCGUCUCCCGCGUAUAAACUAAACAGCAACAAGAACAACAACAACAACAGCAACAACAACAAUAAUAAUAAUAAUACCAACAAUAGCAACAACAAUAAUAACAGCAACAGCAACAACAGCUAUUAUAGAGAGAAAUCUCAUAGGAAUGCCGUGCAGCAUCAGCAGCAUCAUCGCCAGGAUGAUAAGGAGAAUAACACGAGCAGCGUUGAGGCGGCAGCAACAGCAGCUGCUGCAGCGGCAGCAGCAACAACAGCGGCAGCGGCUGCUGCAGCAGCAGUUGCUGCGGUCGCCGCAACACCAAACAGCAACAACAGCAGCAACAAUAGCAACAACAACAACACAACAACACCUUUUCUCACACAAAUGGAAUACCAGAAUCUCAAUCGCAUUGGCACACAAUUUCAGAAUUAUGUUAAGGAUAUUAUAAACAAAUAUUAUGCAGCCGAAACACCGUUAAUGCUUGCCGCCGCUGCAGCAGCGCUGCCCACAGCGACGACAACCGGCCAGCAGAGAGAGCAGAGAGAGCAAAGAGAGCGAGAACUAGAGUUAACAUACGGCAAGCGACGGCGACUACUGAGCGAGACGGAGGAGUACAUUGAGUAUCUGCGCAACAAGGAGGACAUUACUCUCACCAUCACACCAAAGGUGUCCAACAACAGCAACAACAACAGCAUUAACAGCAGCAACGCACCGUUAAAAUCAUUAACAGCGCCGGCGCAGCAGUCGCUGCUUAAACGUCAGCUGGAUCUGGCAACACCGCGCAAAAGUCCCAAAAAAGCAGCAGCAAACCAAAAUACCCUCAACAACAGCAACAACAACAGCAGCAGCAGCACCAUGGUGAAUUCCUCGUCGCGCAAGUCGCUCAAUCAACUGGCAACGCUGCUGCCGCUGCUUGCCGAUGCGGCCAGCAAGCAGGAGUAUUUAACGGCGCCGCUCGACUUUAGCAAGAAAUCGGAAGCGGAAACGGCGCGCAGUUCGCGCAAGCAAGCGCAGCCGAAGAAAAUGCGACUAGCACCCGAAGUGGUGAUCGCCAUGCUGCGCGACAAGCACCUCAAUCGACUCGUGCAUAAUGGUUUGAGCUGUGCCAGCUGCUCGGUGAGCCGACAGCGCAAUGGUGACGGCGGCAUCAGUUUCAGUCACCAUACACUCGGCUCACUGGCACUGCAUCGGUUUUGGAAGCAUCGUGCGGUACGACAUCCUAACAAUUGCAAGCAGUGUAGCGCAACGUUUGAGCGGCGUUACAGUUUGCAGCUGCAUCAGCGGUUGAAGCAUGUCAAACUGUAGACUGCACACUUUCUGCUCUCUCAUUCUCCCUCUAUCUCUCUCUCGCUGAGAGAGAGCGAGCAAAUUGUUUCUCAUUUAACUUAGCAAAUGUUUUGCUUGCCAUAUACAUUUUUUAUGCAUUAGGCGUUUUCAUUGAAAAUUCAUUCAAAAAAUUGCAUUUAUUUGUUAAAUUUUAAGUUGUGAUGUACCUGAAAUAUGAUUUCUCUUUAAAAAAAAAAACAAAAUACAAACAAAAAAGCAAAAAAAAAUACAAAAUACAAAAUGUAGAAAGCUACGCCCAAUUUCGAUGAAUUUCACAUAAUAUUAGUUGUAUAAUUGAGGUUAUGUAAAAGCACACACACACACACACCUACACAUACACACACACACACACGUGUAAUACUCACCUUGUAGUGUUUUAAAAGACAACAACAACAAAAAACGUAUACUUAAAAAUAUAAAUUAACUAAAAUAAAAACAAAACAAAAAACAACUCACUUAAUAGAAUUUAGGGAUGCUCGUUGAGCAUUUAUCAAAUGUCUUGAAAGUUUCGUUUGAAGUAAAAUAGCUUUAAUUUGCCAUUACAGAAUGAAAAAACAAAAGAACAACAAGAAACAAACAGAAACUUUGUUUAUUUAAGUUACUUAAUACGAGUAUAUUUUGCCAUUUUUUUACAUUGAUAGUUUACUAGUUGUUUAAGUUGUAUUUUACACAUAUACAUACAUCUAUAUAUUUAAUUUAUAUACAUAUAUAUACAACAUGAAAGCAAACCUCAAAUACCUUUUUGCCUUAUUUUUUAAAUUAAGCUUUAAACACACAUGAACAUUGCAUAUUAUGUACAUUUAAUUUAGUUAUAGUUUGUGCUAACAGCCACGCCCACAAUGC